AUGAUGAACCAAGAAACCUACCUUAGAGGAAAGGUUACGAAGGUGCAAGAACAAUUGACGAAGUUGGAAAGGCGGAACAAGGACGUCGAGAUGGCCCAUCUUAUGCAUCAAAUCAAUCAACGCAAACGGCUUGACGAACUUAACCUUAGUGAACUACGUGGGUUGACUUGGUUGGUGGAAGAGAACAUGAAGGAGAUUAAGAAACGGAUUGAGUUUCUCGAACGAGCUCUUUUUGCACCUACAUAUGCUCCUCAUCAUCCACAUCUUCCUUUUCCUCCCCAAAGCCAUACAAUGAAUGAAACGGCCCGAAUUGGCAGUGGCAGCGUCGACCAUGGUCGAGACGAGAGGACUCCCAUCGAGCCCUUGCUAUGGGACCAACGGUUCAUCGAUAUGAUGAACAAUAAUGAACUCAAAUCUGCUGGCUGUAUUAGCAUAAGGAGUGAUAUGGUCAUACCAUAUCGCUCAUUUGCUAAAAGUGCUACAGAUGAUCUGAAGCUGCCAAGACACUCAUUUGGUGGCAGCUCCAGUGCUGCAGUUGACAUGGGGCUACCUCUUACUAGUUUUAGACCCCAUGGUGCAGGUGCAGGUGCAGAUGACAUGUGGCUGCCUCAUGAGUGUAGGAUCGGAGGCAGCAAAUUUGGCCCUUUUGGGAAUGAGAUAGGGCUAGGACCGUACCUUUUCGGUGGACACAUACGAAGCAGCUUCUUCGAGACUGAGUUAAGGUUGCCGCCUUUCAAACGUGUCGGAGGCAGCAGUAGUGAUGCUGGUAGUGAUUUUAGACUGCCAUUUAAUGGGAAAACCUGGGCAAACAAUCUCUCUCCUUGA